GAUGGUGCACAGCCCCAUUUUAUUGUUGAAGAGACUGAAGCCCAGAGGGUUCCAGUUCCAGUUCUGUUUGUCCAUGGGCAAGUCCUUCAGCUCUGGAAAGUACCCAUGGGUGGGUGGUUUUGAGGGUGCAAGAGGAGGCUCUCAGUGGGUGUCUUGGCUUUGGGCAUGGCUGGCACCUGUCUGCCUUCCUGGACACAAUCUAGUCUCCCCAGGCAGGUGCCCAGGCCCAAGGAAGGUUAGGGCUCACCCAAAUCUUUCACAAAUGUAUGGAGUCAAAAAUGUUCCUUACACCUGGAGCCAAGCUAGAGUCUCUCUUUCAGUGAACACAUACAGAGAAUUGGGGAUGAGUAAGAGGAGGGCGCUCCCACCUGCCAUCUGCCUAGACUACUUGCCGGGGAAGAAAGACAGGCUGUGCUUACUAGAUAGGAUAACAUCCACAAAGCAGGGGAUGGGGCAUUUGAACUGGGCUUCAAGGGGGUUAGUAGGAGCUUGCCUAUUGGAGAGAUGGACUGAGGCACAUUGCAGGCGGAGGAGCUUUCUACAUUUUUCCAGCGGGAAACUGACAGCACACGGCCUCAGGACCACCCUUGACACCUUCAGCCACGUUAUGCGUGCCCAAGGUCCCCUCAGCCUACCGUCCCUGGCGCUGCCUCUUGCCUCCUCCGUCCUGAUGCUGCUGCUGGGCAGCCUGUGGCUGGUGGGGGCUGGGCCCAGCCUUACCCUGGCCCCCGAGCUGCUGCUGGACCCUUGGCAGGCACACCGGCUGCUGACCCAUGCCUUGGGUCACACGGCCCUACCUGGCCUGCUCCUGAGCCUGCUGCUCCUGCCCACUCUGGGCUGGUGGCAGGAGUGCCACCUGGGAACUCUGCGGUUCCUGCAUGCCUCUGCCCUGCUCGCCCUGGCUGCUGGGCUCAUGGGGGUGCUGCUGGCGGGCCUUGGGGUGUCCAGUGCAGCUGGCGGCUGCGGCUACAUGCCUGUCCACCUGGCCAUGCUGGCAGGGCAGGGUCACCACCCUCGCCAGCCCCAGGGGGUCCUGCCACCGUGGCUCCUGCCAUGGCUCCUGCUGGCCUUGACACCACUGCUCAGCUCCGAGCCGCCCUUCCUGCAGCUCUUCUGCGGCCUUCUUGCCGGCCUGGCCUAUGCAGCAGGGGCCUUCCGGUGGCUGGAGCUGUCAGAGCGGCGGCUGCAAGCACUACAGGAGGGCGUCUUGUGCAGGGCACUGGCUGGGGGCUGGCCGCUCCGACUCCUUCCUACCCCAGGCAUCCCGGCUGAGCUGCCGCUCACCCAUCCUGCCGGAGUGAGGCCUCCCACCCCCGGACCUCCUUACAUGGCCUCCCCUAGCCUCUGGGCCCUCAGUGAAGGCUCAGCCCUGCUCCCGCCAGGCCUGGGGCCUGUGCAGCCAGCCUGGGAGGGCUCCUCAGAGGUGGGCCUGGCCUGGGCCGGGCUCACCUUCCCCCCAGGGACCCCACUGUGGGCAGCCCUGGAUGAGCAGCUGCUGCAGGAGGGGAUCGAGGCCUCACUCCUCGAGGGGCAGCGUCCCGAGAGCCCACUCCGGCUGCCCAAGUCAUCCGUCUCCUCUCUGCGGCUGCAGCAGCUGGAGCGCAUGGGCUUCCCCACAGAACAGGCAGUGGUGGCCCUGGCAGCCACAGGCCGAGUGGAGGGUGCCGUGUCACUGCUGGUUGCGGGGGAGGUGGGCACCGAGGCCCUGGUGACUCAAGGGAGGGGCGGGCCCGCUCACCCUGAGGGUCCUGGUCCUCCCUAGCCCAUGCAGGCCCUUGGGUGACAAGAGGCUUGGCCCGUUGGUGGGUAGCUUGAGCCCAGCCCUGUUUGCCAAGGGUGGCAGUGUGGUUCAGAAGAGGCCCCUCCGGCUCCCCACCCCGGUACUGUUUAGAAUAAAAACCAGUUCAUUUUUCAAGCUGGACCUCUGUGGAUGCA